AUGGUUUACGCCCUUCUGGAGCUCCCUGCCGGAGUGGCACUCUUCAAGGUGGACGGCGAGAAGCAAAAGCUGAAGGCGCUGCUGCAGUUUAAGAGCACCGCGGAUGCCCUUGCCACCACAACACAAGUUGUCAAUGGUGAACUGGCAAAGCCGGUGCGCAAGUUUCUCAAGAAGAACUUUCUCGAGAAGGAAAUCACAGAGGAGCUGGCGGUGGCGGAUUCCAAGCUCGCCAAGGCCAUUAAGGAAACCCUCGCCAUUCCAUGUAUCCACGGUGAUGAGACCCUCGCCACCUUCCGUGCCCUGCGCGCCAGUGUGGAUGAGUUGCUGCAGGAGGUGUCGGCGGAACAAAUGAACCAAACCGCCCUCGGUCUGGCGCACAACCUCAAUCGCUACAAACUGAAGUUCUCCCCCGAUAAGGUGGAUAUGAUGGUGGUGCAGGCCGUCGCCCUGUUGGAGGAUCUUGACAAGGAAAUUAACAAGUAUGCGAUGCGGGCACGUGAGUGGUAUGGCUGGCACUUCCCCGAGCUUGCCAAGAUUGUGAAUGACAACCUUCUGUAUGCGAAGAUUGUAUUGGCGACCAAGACCCGCUUCAACGUGCGCGACACAGACUUCUCGGACUUCCUUGAGGAGGAGUUGGAGCAGAAGGUAAAGGAGGCGGCAAUGGUGUCCAUGGGAACAGAGAUCGCCGAGGAGGAUAUUGAAAACAUCUGCCGUCUCUGUAGUGAAGUCGUCGCGGCCGCGAAGUACCGCGAGACCCUCGCCGCCUAUCUCAGUUCCCGCAUGCAGACCAUCGCCCCCAACCUCACCACGAUGGUCGGCGAGCAGAUCGGCGCCCGCCUCAUCCAGAAGGCCGGCUCCCUCCUCUCCCUCGCAAAGUACCCCUCCUCCACUGUGCAGAUCCUCGGCGCCGAGAAGGCACUCUUCCGCGCCCUCAAGCAGCGACAGGCAACACCAAAGUAUGGUAUUCUCUACAAUGCGCAGGUGGUGGCGCGGGCCGCGGCCGCCAAUAAAGGAACCAUGUCGCGUGUGCUCGCCGCCAAGACAUCGCUUAGUGCACGUAUUGACUCCUUCGGUGAGGGCGACAACGCCCCCGCUUUGGAGUACCGCAGUAAAGUGGAGGAGCGGCUGCGGCAGUUCGAGGAGGGCGUCGCGUACGGACAAACAGGAAACGCACGCGGUGGUGGCGCCAAACUGCAGCAGAAGCGCCCACUCGGAUCAGCGGGGGGUAACGGCCACAAUAACAAUAAUAAUAACAACAACGGAGGAGGCGCACCGUUCAAGCGGCCACGUAUGGGAGAUGGCGGCUUCGCUCGGCGUAACUAA